AUGGCGCGACGCACUCCCGUUCAAUCCGUCCGCCAUUUCCACCGACUGCCCGCUGGCGGUCUUCAGCAAGCUGAUGCCGCUGUUCGUGCCACCCGACGACGAAUGUGGUUCCCUGGGAAUGCCUUCCAUAAUGCUGUCAUCGUUCGGAACGCCUCAUUUGCUCGAUUUCUACCGAAACUUGUCGUCAAGUUUGCCAGGAUCCCCGCCAUGUUUGGCGGGUUGGCGGUUGGAACACUCGCCUGGAUUCAGUAUCAGGCUAACCUGCUAAGCAACAAUGCGUGGGACUUCGCCGCCAAAACGGCUGACGGAAUAUCCGAAACCGCAUCGACCCUGUUCGGUGGCGCCAAAGACAUUGCAGAUCAAACGAUGCGUGGAUGGGAAAAUACCAAAGAACAGUUCGAGACUCCAGAAUGGUUGCAGAAGGUUUUGCGCAUUCACGAAGAGAUUGGAACUGGAAAAGGUGGCUCCGAAGGACCAGGAGGAGAGCCCCCCAAGCAGAGCAGAGCUGGAGCAGCGACAGUCAUCGGGGCUUCUGCCGCCGCAUACGGCUACGACCAGUCUUCCGAGGACGACCCGCGAGACCCUGACGAGGUUGCCAGAGACGACCAGAUGAUGGUGCUCACCAAGAAGAUGAUCGAAAUCCGUGGUAUGCUCCAACAGGUUGGCCAGUCAAGUGCCUUGACCUUGCCUUCCAUCGUCGUCAUUGGAUCCCAGUCGUCUGGCAAAAGCUCCGUUCUCGAAGCCCUCGUCUGUCACGAAUUCUUGCCCAAGGGCACGAAUAUGGUUACUCGUCGUCCCAUCGAACUGACUCUGGUCAACACUCCCGAAUCGAACGCGGAAUAUGGCGAGUUUCCUGAUCUGGGCUUGAGGCGCAUCACCGACUUUUCAUCUAUCCAGAGAACCCUCACAGAACUAAAUUUGGCAGUUCCGGACACUCAGUGCGUUUCGGACGACCCCAUUCAUCUCACAAUCUACUCGCCAAACGUUCCAGACUUGUCUCUCAUCGACUUGCCCGGCUACAUUCAAGUUGUGGGACAAGGUCAGCCUCUUGAGCUCAAGCAGAAAAUAUCCGAACUUUGUGAUAAGUACAUUCAGCCACCCAACGUCAUUCUCGCAAUCUCUGCAGCAGAUGUGGACCUGGCAAACUCGACUGCGUUGCGCGCCAGCCGCCGUGUCGAUCCCAGGGGCGAGAGAACCAUCGGAGUGGUUACCAAGAUGGACUUGGUAGACGCUCCCCGUGGCGCAGCCAUCCUAAGCGAUAAGCAGUAUCCUCUGAGGCUUGGAUAUGUGGGUGUUGUCUCCAAAGUCCCCCAGACGAGCAGUCUCUUCAAAAGGUCUGGCAGCAUCAUGUCAGUCAUUACCAAGAAUGAGAACGCGUUCUUCUCAGCACACCCUCUCGAGUUCGGCGACGGCUCCGGUGUCAGCGUGGGAACGAUCAAUUUGCGUAAAAAGCUCAUGACGGUACUUGAACAAACCAUGUCUGCCAGCCUGCAGAGCACCAGUGAUGCCAUCAGACAAGAAUUAGAAGAGGCAACGUACGAGUUUAAGGUUCAGUACAACGACCGCCCACUCUCUGCGGAGUCAUACCUAGCGGAAAGUCUCGACGGUUUCAAGCACUCUUUCAAGCAGUUCACCGAGGAGUUUGGUCGACCUCAAAUGCACCAGCUUCUUAAGCACGAACUGGACCAGAAGGUUCUCGACCUGCUGGCUGCUAGAUACUGGAACAAACCAAUCCAAGAUUUGACCCCCGCUCGGCCUGAGCCGGACAGCCUGGCUGAUCUUCCCAAGGCCGACCCUAACUCUAUGUACUGGCAUCGGCAGCUCGAUGCCUCAACGUCGUCCCUCACGAAGCUCGGCGUUGGAAGGUUGGCAACGACUGUCGUAGCCUCGGCGAUCCAGUCGCACAUUGACAGGCUGAUCAAGCAUUCAACAUUCAAUAGUCAUCCAUUCGCUCGGGAGGCCAUCACGGAAGCGGCCUCCAGUAUUCUGAAUGAAAAAUUCUACACCACCAGCGAUCAGGUCGAGAACUGUGUUAAACCCUACAAGUUCGAAAUCGACAUCGACGAGCGAGAAUGGACCCAAGGUCGGGACAACGCGGCGGUAGUACUAAAGAAGGAGCUACAAGACUGCGAAGGGGCCCUCAAAAAUAUCGAAGACACUGUGGGCGGACGAAGGAAGCUGAGAGAGGUCAUGAACUUCGUUGACCGUGCUCGUAAGGGCGAUGUUGCUGUUGAGGGGGACGGACGAAGCGGUGCUGGGGGCUUCAGUGCGGCACUCUUGACGAGAGGACGCGAGGCUGUUUUCCUCAGAGAUCGCGCGGACAUCAUCAAGAUGCGCUUGAUGGCAGUCAAGUCCAAGCAGUGUGCGAACCUGAAAAACAAGUACUACUGUCCCGAGGUCUUCCUUGAUGCGGCAGCCAGCAAACUCGCCUCGACCGCUGUGCUCUUCCUCAAUGUCGAGCUGCUUUCCGAGUUCUACUACGGUUUUCCGCGAGAGCUUGACAAUCGCCUCGGUAGGCACCUUUCAGACGAGCAGAUUGAAAGGUUCGCCAAGGAGGAUCCUAAGAUCAGGAGGCAUCUCGAAGUCAUUCGCCGCAAGGAGCUGCUAGAGCUGGUCCUUGAGAAGAUGGAGAGUUUGCGACAGCUUGAGGGUCGUGAACGAGAGCGCCACCAGGGCGGCAGACCCAACAAGGAUGACAAGCAACGGGGACGCUGGGCGCUGUUCUGA